AUGUGGUCGAGGCGUUUGGUUCACGUGACGUUUGUUGCAGUGCUCAGUUUUACCGUCCAGCAAUGUAGCGCCGGUCCGCGUUUGGGGGAUGAAUUCAUCUGGGGAAACCGCGACGACAGCACGGAUCGCGUGUGCCUGUCACAAUCGGUUGUUAUCGAGCCCACCUGGGAAGCAUUCUUUAGCUUCUUUCGUCCCAUCACGAGACUUGUGUCUUUCAUACCACCUCGGCCGGAUCAGGUGAUACGUUACAUACGCAUCUGGACCGAUGCACCAAUCUAUCGGUUUCGGGCCGAGCUGGUACAUGGUGGCGUUGGCACUAAAGCUCCUGUUGCUACGAUCCUUCAACUGAGCCGUCACUGGAUGUUGUUUGCAAAUAUUGUGAUUUAUUGCUCCACAGUACCACCCUAG